GUUAUGAGUCUUUAAUCGAAAUUAAAUUCGUUUGCCGCUCGUUUUGAAAUGCAUGUAAUUGUGCUGCUAAAUAUAAUUUGUGCAUCUUUUUGCUUCGAAAAUUACCGCUUACCGAGUUCCAUAAAACCUCAUCACUACAAUCUGCGUUUAUUAACCCAUCUGAAUGACUACACUCGGCUAUUCUUCACCGGCGAUGUUGAAAUUCAUCUGCACAUUUUGCAAGCCACCAAUAACAUAACGUUGCAUGUCGGUUCCCGACUAAAUAUCGACACUACUGGCAUAUGGAUGCAGUCCGUGGCCAGCAAGUGCCACAAGGACAUUGCUAUUAAAGGUGUGGAGCGUGACUCCAAAUUUGAUUUCUAUAUAUUGCAUCUAAACACUCAACUGUGGCCUUCACAACGUUAUGUGCUUCGACUGCCAUUUUGGGCCAGACUCUGCCAAACGUUAUCGGGUUACUAUGCCAGUAGCUACCAAAAUGAAUGUGGCCAAACACGAUUCAUUUCGAUAACGCAGUUCGAGCCGACGGACGCACGAACCGCAUUUCCCUGCUUCGAUGAGCCCAAUCUCAAGGCCACCUUCAACAUUACACUGGGCCACCACAAGCAUUACAAUGCUCUUAGCAAUAUGCCGCUAGCUGAGAAGAUUCCCAUGUGUGAACGCAGGAACUGGGUAUGGAGCAUAUUCCGGCAGACUGAGAUAAUGUCCACGUAUCUGGUUGCUUUCAGCAUCAACGACUUCGCAGGCUACGCCUCGUACAAUGACCCAUAUGAGCGCCAAGUCAAGUUCAUCACCUGGGCGCAAUCAUCGGCCAUUGAGCAGUGCAAAUAUGCUGCCGAGAUUGGACCACGCUUAAUGGCCUACUAUGAGCAGCUGUUUGGCAUAAGUUACCCGUUGCCCAAAAUGGAUCAACUGGCUGUGCCAGAUUUUAGUGCCGGAGCAAUGGAGAAUUGGGGUCUAAUUACCUAUCGAGAAGCAUCGUUGCUCUACGCAGAGGAGGCUUCAUCUCUGCUGGAUAAGCAGCGGGUUACCAAUAUUAUAGCACACGAGCUGGCACAUCAAUGGUUUGGUAAUCUGGUCACAAUGGAAUGGUGGAAUGAUCUCUGGCUGAACGAAGGCUUUGCCACAUAUGUGGCCACCUUGGGGAUGAACGCGUUGUGCAGCAAUUGGCAUGCCUAUGAGGAGGAAUCAGUAGAAAACGUGCUUGCCAUCCUCUACACAGAUUCCUUCUGCAACACCCGACCCAUUCAUCAGCCAUCUGUGAGACGUGGCAGUCAAAUUGCCGAGCUCUUUGAUGUCAUUACCUAUCGCAAGGGAGCGGUUAUUAUUCGAAUGAUGCACUUUUUCAUAGGGGACAAGGCUUUUAAACGUGGCCUAAAUUCUUAUCUACAGAAGCACUCAUUUAUUAAUGCCAAGCAGCAAGAUUUGUGGCUGCAGUUGACGGAGGCGGCGCAUCUGUUGAAAACUAUGCCACAUGACUUAGAUGUGCAAAUCGUCAUGGACACUUGGACAUUCCAACCGGGCAUUCCAUUGAUUAGUGUGCAACGUCACUACUUCACAAAGUCGGCAACAAUUACCCAGAGCCGAUAUCGAAUGUAUGAUGAAGUCGAGCCUCCUAAGAUGAACGAGAGUCCAUUGCAGUCGGAGCCCUGUUGGUUUGUGCCAAUUAGCUACACGACAGAUUCCCAAUCCAACUUUGUGUCUACCGAGCCAAGAGCCUGGCUACGUUGUCAGGGAGGCGAAGUGUUGCCGCUUGAGCUGCUGGACUUGCCCUAUGCGCAGGAAUGGCUGAUCUUAAACGUGCAGCUGGCAACUCCAUAUCGCAUUAACUAUGAUACUGGCAACUGGGAAUUGAUCAUCAAAGGUCUGCAAAGCGGUGUGUUUAAGCGCAUUCAUGUCAUGAAUCGGGCACAAUUGUUGGACGAUUCCUUGUCGCUGGCUUGGAGUGGUCAUCUCAGUUAUGCGUUAGCUCUGAAGCUGUUGGGAUACUUGAAGCAUGAGCAUGAAUUCAUUCCCUGGCGGGCUGCAUUGAAUCAGCUAUCUGCCAUCGAACGAAUCAUGCGACAAACAUCUGAAUUUGAAGAGUUUCAGCACUUUAUGAACCAUCUGCUCGAUCCCAUCUACAACUACUUGGGGGGCAUACACGAGGAUGCAGACAAUCGUCAUCACGUGGCCCACAAAACACUAAUCAAUCGUUGGGCUUGCCGCCUGAACCAGGCAGAUUGUGUAAAGGGAGCGUUGAAAUAUUAUCAUCGCUGGUUCAUCCUUAACAAUCCGGAUGAAUCGAAUCCAGUUCCCCAAAAUCUACGUACAGUGAUUUACUGUACGGCAGUUCAACAUGGCGAUGCGGAUGAUUGGAAUUUCUUUUGGCGACGUUACACGAACAGCUCAGUAGCCAGUGAGAAACGACUUAUACUUCUCUCAUUGAGCUGCAGUCGUAAAGUUGAUCAAAUUGAGCACUAUCUGAAAGUAAUAUUUAGAGAAAAGUCUCUCAUACGAAAGCAAGAUGUAUCUCAAAUUUUUGAAGCGAUUGUACGCAAUGAUAUUGGUUUUCAUAUAGCCAAAGACUUUGUCAUGCAUAAGUUUGAGAAACUGAAACAGUUCUAUGAGUCAAACCGACGAGAACUAGCUGCGCUACUCGUCAAAAUUGCCCAAAAUAUCAAUUGUCAGCGGGACUAUCAGCAAAUGAGAACAUUCAUUGAGACACAAAAGCAGCUGCUGGAGUCUUCAAUGCUUAUCUUGCGACGAGCGCUUGAGCAAGCUCAGUUGAAUCUUCGGUGGCGGCAAAAGCGAAUCUCGGAAUUCAGCAGCAAUCUGUAUAUGCACUGCUAUGACUAA